GGUCAUUAUGCCUCGAUUGUCGUGUGCGCAUAAGCUCAGCGCCAAUAAGAAGUUGCAGCGGGUGGAUUCCUUGAUAACAUUUUUGAAGAGCGCAACAAAGCAGCAGAUGUCCGCAAAGCUGCACGACAUCUGGGCGGCUCCGCAAGCGACUAUCACAGAAGCUCGACUUCUCCUGACAUUAGGUGCCAAUCCCGAAUCUCUCUACAAAGACGAUUAUGGAAGAAGGACUCUCAGGGACCGCGUCGAUAACGGAACAGUUUGUGAUAAAUGCAUAUGCAAAUACAACGCGUUCUUAGACUACGCUGAUAUAAUACACGAGGAAAUGUGUGAGCAGACACCAAUCAAUAUCGUACGAGGCCGCAAAUGCACAUCUGGUCUGUUGCCUCUAUGUCUGGACGGAGGUGGAAUGCGUGGGCUCGUCUCUGUAGUUUGUCUUCUUUUCGCUUCGCGACGAUUACUUGGCGAUGAGACGUUGGUCAACUAUUUCGACUGGUUGAUAGGCACAAGCACUGGAUCCAUGCUUGCGCUAUCAACUGCAAAUGGUAGAACACUUAGCGAAUGCUUCUUCUUGUACUGGAACAUGAAGCGACAAAUUUUUCUAGAAGGUUCUACGAUGUCACGACUGUUUGGCGAUCAGGUUACCAUACAAACUCGCAAUAUCGAAAAAGUGUUGUCGGACUGCUUUCCCACUGAGACAUUCCAUAAAUGUAAUCGACGACUCACGGUGCCUGCUUUAGAUAUCUCUAUGGCACCAGCUCGUUUACAUAUUUUUAGAAAUUACUCGUUUAAGCGGCCGUUUGGCGCACGUCUGGACGAUGAACAAGACGUGAUGUUCAAAGAAGCCGCACGAGCUAGCAGUGCUGCGCCAACAUAUUUCGAACCGUUUGAAUAUCAAGGCAAAAGGUUUGUCGAUGGGUCUUUUGUAGCAAACUAUCCGCUGAAUAUACUCUUUAAGGAAGUCGACUCAUUCCAUAAGAAUAAUAACCGGAUCCACUUAGCGGGUGUGGUAUCAAUAGGAACUGGUGAACCAGCCCAAUUAGAACGAAAGUAUAAAAGUGGGACUACUUUGAGAGCAAAGGCAAGAAGUAUGGCUCAUCUGAGCACUCUCAUCCUUGAACAGGUUGUCGGACAAGAUCUCUUAGCUGUCGAGAUGGCUGAAGAGCGCUGUCAGGCAUAUAACAUACCAUUCAUUCGUAUAAGCCCAAAAGGCAUCAGAGAGCGUAUCGAUCAAAUCGACGACAGCAAGCUCAUGGAUAUGAUUUGGACAACUCUAAUGUGGCUGAAACAAAAUCUUCGGGAAGUCGAUAAACUUGGUGAGCUACUGUUCAAUUUGCUAUCCGACCCGGACGAUCUAAAACGGCGAAGCAAUACAGUGUUAUAAUUUCUUUUGAGGGCUUUGAUAGAGCACGUAUUAGCUUUUUACAAUAUUUGACGGUUACAAGAUCGAUACGGCUAUGUAUCUAUAUUAUACAAGCGUUUAUGGAAGAUUGACUUGUAAAGUUCAUCAUAUUGCCUAGUCAUGUUACUGGUCUGUGUAUGACAUUUCUCCCAGUUCUUGAGCUUAUUACUUUACCAUUUAUUUUCAUUGUCAUUACAUAGAUUUUUAUGUCUGUUGAGUUAUUGGUUGCAUGCUUCUGUGGGGCUUGAAGUUUGGAAUCUUAGAAGGCAGAAUAUGGUAGCUUGUAUCAUAACAUCUGAAGGGAGCGCCAGGCAAACAUGAGCUGCCACUGGUCAGUGGUUUUCAGGCCGUCGGAUGUAUGUCCGAAGGCCCGCGUUUCGACGGUGGUUAUUGCCAAAAGAGAUUCGUUCUCUACGAAAGCAAUCCAGA